CACAGGAUUGAGCUUUAAUCUCUGAUGGUUGCUUAUUGACUCUAGAAAAAACUGAAUCUACUCAGUGAAAAGACCUUCUCUACAUCCUGUUUGCAGGCAAACUUGAAGGAGAAGCUCUCACCUCCUGCAGCUCUCCCUGAAACUCAAAGUGUCCAAGCCUCUCUCAGCAAUGGCUAUGGUGUGUCUUUCAGACUUUGAAGCCUAUGCUAAGAAGUAUUUACCCAAGAUUGCUUGGGAUUAUUUUGCAGCUGGAGCAGAUGACUGUAACACACGAGAUGAAAACAUCUUGGCAUAUAAAAGAAUUCGUUUCCGGCCACGUAUGCUGCGGGAUGUAUCCAUGAUGGACAUUAGGACUAAGAUCCUGGGGACUGAAAUCAGCUUUCCUGUAGGAAUUGCCCCCACUGGCUUCCACCAGCUAGCAUGGCCUGACGGAGAGAAAAGCACCGCCAGAGCUGCCAAAGCCAUGAACACCUGUUACAUUGCCAGCACCUACUCCACCUGCACGCUGGAGGAGAUCUCUGCGGCUGCUCCAGGGGGUCUCCGGUGGUUCCAGCUCUACAUCCACCGCAACAGGGCAACUUCCCAGCAGCUGGUCCAACAGGCGGAGGCCUUGGGUUUCCAGGCCCUUGUCCUCACCACAGAUGUGCCCUACACGGGUAAAAGACGCGACGAUAUCCGCAAUGGUUUCUGCCUUCCACCCCACAUGAAACUGAAGAACUUGGAACGGGACUUUGAGGGAGAUGACCGUUCUGAGUACGGACUGCCACCCAACAGCUUGGAUCCUUCUGUCACCUGGAAUGAUAUCUACUGGCUGCAGAGCCUGACCCACCUGCCCAUCAUCAUCAAAGGCAUCUUGACAAAAGAAGAUGCAGAGCUGGCAGUGAGACAUGGAGUUCAGGGAAUUAUUGUGUCCAAUCACGGUGGAAGGCAACUGGAUGAAGGACCUGCCACUAUUGAUGCUCUGGUUGAAGUUGUGGAGGCAGUACAAGGCAGAGUCGAAGUUUAUUUAGAUGGUGGAAUACGAAAAGGAAGUGACGUGUUAAAAGCACUGGCAUUGGGAGCAAAAUGCGUCUUUAUUGGAAGACCAACUUUAUGGGGUCUGGCUUACAAGGGUGAAGAAGGUCUCCAGGACGUUUUGAGAAUUUUGCAGGAUGAGUUUCGUUUGUCGAUGGCCUUGGCUGGCUGUGCCAGAGUCUCAGAGAUUGGUCGACACCUGGUUCAGUUCUCCAAGCUGUGAACAGCCUCCUGCAACGCCCGCCAAACAGAGGCAGCUCAAGCUGAGAUCCCAACCAGACUGAAGACAGAAAAAGAAGGAGCAAUAAAUAUAUGAUAAGGCCUUCAGGAAACCUCUGAGGACAUUAGAAAAGUCUCUGUGUUAGCAAAGCUGUGCUCUGCUUUUACUGAGACCAAUGAAUUCCUUAACAGUUUGGGGAGUUUUUACUUGCUUAAAUUCUUUUGCUUUAAACUGGCUGUUCCAUGGCCUUACUCUUGCCUUCUAUUACAUUGGACAUCCAGACAUGGAAAACUAUGUGCCUUGCUUUUUCCACUUGGUUGUCCUACCAAGUCUGACCACAACUCAGUCACAGUUUCCUACUCUGGCACAGUAAGUGCUGUGGCCAGUAUCUUCCAUAGCUUGGGCUUUUCCCAGAUGUGUUCAUAACAGAUAUAGAAGCAAGGUGCAUCAGUUAACAGGCACACCAGUUACCCUUUGAAGGUGGGGGCAGUUCUGGCCUACUGCUUCUAAAUUCAGAGCAAUGAAAUCACUAGUAAGCAAAGGAGCACCCUGUGCUCCCUGCUGAGAGAGCCUCUUCCUUCACUACAUAGUUAAUUUGGGACCUCAAAGGACACCACAAGUUUGUGGCUGUGGGUACAUCACUCACCUGGUGCCCUGGUCUCUGCCCACGCAUAAGGGCGGCCAGCACAGGCUAGCAGAGUGGGCAGGAGCUGCUGGCACCACCCCAGCAGCGUGUGACCUUCACUCUCUGAGGACAGCUCAGAGGCAGGGUCACACCCGCUGCCAGCAUAAACACUUGCUCUCCAAUGUAACAGAAAUGUGUGCUCAUCCCUUCCCUGUCUAAUUUUCUUCCUGAGACGUGAGUGUUGCCUCCCCACGAGGAAGCCAAUGGCCCUCGGCUGUGACAGAGCUGCUUUCUGGCUGCCCAGAGCAGACAAGGAAGCCUGUACUGCCCACAGCUGAGGGAGCUACUGGGGAAUGAAGAUGAGGGAGUGUGGGGGCGCAUAUGGUCUUACAGUCUGGGCAGAAAUCUGUUGAUGUUGUAUUAUUUGGAGCUAAUGUCCCUUGAGGUUUGUCUGUGUCAAUAGGUUGCAGCAUGAGUAUUUAUCCUGAACCGCUGUCCCUAGGAGGAGUUUAACAAUUGUUUUUUAAUCUUUAUAUAAUGCUAUCCAAGUAAAGGUGUAAAAAGAAUUAUCUACUUAAAAUGUCUAAACCCUCUGUGUGCAUAUUUGGUCUUCAUUAUAAAUGUGACGUGUAAAUCAGUGGGGAAUUGGGCCAGUGUAGCUGAGAAUAAGCUGAAUUUCCAUAAAGAGUUUAACUGAUUUAACUACUCUGGCUUAAUCAGGUCUUCUCAAUGAGGCUCAGUAAACUAAGAUGGCACAUACACAAAAACUGCUAAUGUGCGUCAUCUUUAAAAAUGCAAUGUAAUCUUGAAAAUAUCUGGUAAUACGCCUGACCUUGUUUUCUUAUAAAUAAUUUUUAUGGCCAGACUCGCCAGAGCGGCCGCUGAUGUUACAGCAGUACAAAAUGGCAGAGGGAUGCCAGACAGCAAUAGGAUGCCACAUGUCACUUUGUACCAAAGAAAUACCAACUCACAGGGCACCUUCCCUACUUAGUGCACCUCCCAGUCUCCUUUGCACACAAGGCUCCCUUUCUUGGCAGAGGGCAAUCUCAAACAGUGGUCUCCUGCAAACUGCAUUGCCCUGCAUACCACGCAUGGGUGUGUGGCAUUUCCCACCAAGUGGGGCCUCUCCCUGCUCUGCUUGGAACUCUGGCGGUAAAAAAAACUCUCUUCAGUAAAAGCAUCAAGAAUAAGUAGUGGCUGCAGACAGGGAAAAGUGAUGCUUUGUAGGCUAGUGAUCAAAGUUCUCCUGUGUAUGAGGGUGAAAGUGGGGGCCUGAGGUCACUAUUUCACCCACUAAUUACUCAGAGGAAAAUGCCACAGGAGUCCUGGGUGGAUGGGGCUGCGCAGUUAUCUAACCCUGGUUUGGGGUGCUGUGUGGCCAAAUUCCAAGAAAGUGCCUGCUCUCCUUCCAUGAAAUUGCCUAUGAGCUUCUUCGGUCAAGGCUUUCUCCUGGCAGAGAAGAGGUGCUGCUUUUUCUGUGGAGGAGAGAGCACCUGUGCUCCCCAAUUCUUGCUGAGCAUAUUGACCUCUGGCUCCUGGUGUAAAAGGGAGAAAAGGGGCAGCAGCAUCACCUACUUUUGCACAUAUCUUAAAAGAAUCAAGUGAGGCUCGCUAGGUCCUAAACUUGCUAGGAGAGAUGCUUCCAGCUCAUGAAAAUGGCAGUGGCUGAAGGGACCUGCUGGCAGACUGGAGACAUCUGGUUAAGCUCUGGAGAGGAGCAGAAUUUCCAGCAUCCUUUCUCCAUGACUUGUCUUGAUGACUUGUCUCCAGGCAUUUGAAUUUUUUUAGAUCUACUUCUAGAAAUCUAUAAGACCUAGACAUGGGUAUGGAAAGGGUGAGAGUGAGCAGGUACCUGAAUUUAGCUACUGUCUUCUGGAACUGAUUCUGUGAAAUGGGAAAAUAGGUAGUGAGGGGCUGGGACAACUGUUUUUAAGUUCUGUUUUCAUGAAAAUGAACUCCUCUGUCUCCCUAGUAGCUGACCAUCAACACCUUUGCACCUUAUUCUAUACUCCCAUUUACUGAAAGAAAUCCCUUUUGUCUGGAGAAAUCCAGGUGCUGAAAGAUCAUCCAUUUCUUACCAGCAUUUCAGUUAGACACCUUUCACUUGCAGUCAGACUCAAUGUUCCAUGCAUGCAGCCAGUGUGAUGGUUUGCUCACGCUGCUCCUCACAGCAGUCUGUGUUCCUUGGAGCUGAGGUAGUGCUCAAGACUGCUCUGCUGAGGCAGGAGAAUCACUCAUUUCAGGCUCCAGAGUCUCAGCUUUCAUUUAAAACCAACAAAAUCAAGAUGGUGGAAUGCAUGCCAUUGUUACAAAUGUGAAGAAAAUUUUUAAAGGAGGAAAGUCAUCUUAAGAAACUCAGAGAGUCUGCUGGAGCAGAAACAGUAGUGACGGAAGUUGUCUGCACUGCUGAGCUGACUUCUGGUGGCUUCAUUUACACUAUUAUUGAGUAUAUGAGAUCAAAAUCUGUUUUAAAGGAAAGGUAGUGUCACAUCAUGAAAAUAAAAGCACCAUGUUUUUUUUAUGAUCACCUUUUCUGGUUUUUCCCAUGACACUGAAGCUGGGGGAUGAAGGAUAAACCCUACUAACAUAGCCAUAGAAAUAGCAGCCUUUGAUCAGGCUGUUCUAUAGGUUUGGUGUAUAAGAUAGCACAAACAUCUUAAACCAGAAAUGUUUGCAGAGACCACUAAUUUGAAAAUCCUGUGAUCUGGAUGUCUAGUGGAGUACAUUUGGAGCCAUAUUUGAAAAGGCAUGAAGCACUUGUGAAAUUAAGAUUAGCAGGGGUCCAGGUCUGCAAGCAUUCACAGAGCUGAAAUAUCUUCUUCUCUAAUCCUUUCUCUUGCAAUUGGCUCUUGAAAGCCACACAGAUUUUCUAUCUGAUUUUUCAAACUAUGCAAUUGUAUAGAAUAUCCCCCUAGCCUGUUUUCCCCUUUCAGAUCAGCAUGUAUUCCAAAACUGAGGCCUGUAUGCUUGGAUAGUUCUGCAUGCCCUGCCAGAGAGCAAGGGUAAGGGAAGAUUUUUUUUGUGUAAGUAUCAUGCCUCGGGAAUCAAUAACAAAGGGGAAUCCCUACUGAAUUGGUCAUGUGCAUCUUGUGGGCAAAUGGUAAAGCUAC